AUGAUGGAUGCAUACGCUGAAUUCUUGCAGGUGUCUGUGGUGCAAGAUGGUACAUGCAAUGGCUUGCCAGGUCGGGUAGAUGAGAGCAAGCUGUCUGCACUCACGGCCGUAAGGACGACGCUGCACGCCCUCAUCUACCGUCCCAAGAGCCGUUUCCCCUCUCUCGAUGCCUUGCUGGAGUCUUUGUCCACGCUGGAGCAUUCCUCGGAGAUUCCAGGCCUCAUCCAUGCAGUGGACUUCGCCUUCUCCCUGUUGGAACCCCUCUCGGAGCUGUUGGGUGGCAAGGACGCUGCUUUGGCGCGCAUGCUGCAGAUGUUGAAGCCCAGCAGCUACGCACGCUGGGUGCUGUGUUACCCGAGGUUAGCAACUUCCAGUAUGCCAUUGGAUGAGAAGGCUCGUGAGGAAGAAGAGGAGGAAACUUUGGCGCAAACUCCUGCCGAAGCGCGGAUGCUCUACCUCCUCCUGAGCAGUCCAGACGCAGCGCAGACAGCUCCACAGCGGCUGGUCGAAAUCCUGGACUUCCAGGCUUCGGUGACGCUGGCUGCAAGCACCUUCGAUGCAGCAUUUGGACAGGCCAUGGCCCUGAGCAUUCCCAGAUGUGUUUUUUCGCCCAGAUGCAGAAAGUCAGCAGAAGUAACAUUGCAGAGGCAUAUUGGCUCCAGCAUAGAGCGAUCACAGCGAGCGGUGGCCAUGGAUGACAGAUCCUCGCGGACAGAGCGCACUGACAUAUCCAAGCUCCCUUGCGUUUUGGCCUGCCUUUGUGGAUUUGGUUGGGCCGUGAUUUGCUUGGCCUUUACAUCGGCAUCCUUCAUGCGGGAUGAGCCUGUGAGCAAGCUCAUUCUGGGAACAGUUUGGUGCCUUUUCUUAGGCGGCAUGGCUGUGUCAGCAUUGGUCUUAGUUCGUUCACCAAAGGCCAAGUCUGGGCACGAGUUUGUUUGGGCAUGCGUAAACCUCGACAAGCUCGGCGAAGCCACACCACAGUUCAAUGUUGUCCGCCUAGAGCCCGGAGCAUGCAAGCCUUGUUUAGAGCGAAAAGCCAGCCCAGCGUGGACAAAACCAUACCCGCAGAAGACGUGCCUUUGCUGCCUGGAAGAUUUCCAGUCGCAGGAUACGAUGGCCCUGCUUCCUUGCGGUCACGUUUACCACGAGAGCUGCCUUGUGGACUGGUUCUCGACCCGGAAGACGCAAGGCACCUGUCCACUUUGUCGUUACAGCACAAUCGUCUAA